GUUUCUAGAAUUUUCGUAGCUUUUCUAUUUAUUUGUAAAUCGAUGAGAAGAUUGUUGUUCACUUUCAGAGAUUGAGUGUGCCUGUGCGAUUGUGAUAAAAUAUUGCAACGCUUGUGAAUUAACCGACUUGAUUCAACAUGUUGCGAGGAUUUGGAGGAUUCGACGAUGACCCUUUCUUCGCUGAUUUCAGGGAACAACAUCGUCAAAUAAACAGUAUGUUCGACAACUUUGGCUUUGGUUCAAUGCUUCACAGAGAUCCAUUCAUGGCGCUUACUGAUGGCCGUACCACUACAGGCCUGCAGCAAAGACAUAACAGACAUCCUGGAGGAAGUGCUAUGGCUCCGUUUGGUAUGUUUGAUGACAUGUUUGCAAAUAUGAACAACAUGAUGACAUCUAUGCAUCAAAAUUUUGAUCGUGGAAUUUCUACAAAUCCAAAUGCACAUACAUAUAGCCAGUCAUCAGUGAUGACAUAUUCCAAUGUUGGAGAUGGUGCUCCUAAAGUGUAUCAGGCUUCAAGCUCUACAAGAACUGCACCUGGAGGGAUAAAAGAAACCAGAAAUUCUGUACGUGACUCCCAAAGUGGGACUGAACGAAUGGCAGUUGGACGACAUAUAGGUGAAAGAGGUCACAUUGUAGAAAAAUCAAGAAAUAGACGCACAAGAGAAGAAGAGGAACACCAGGAAUUUCUUAACCUAGAUGAAGAUGAAGCACCACAAUUUAAUAAUGAGUGGAGAGAUAAAGCAUAUGCAAGUAGAUCAAAUCGGUCUGUCACUAAUGGAUAUGGUGGACAUCAUCGUAAUGAUAGACCAAGAAAUCAAUAUGCGGCAAUCACCGAAGGAAGAGAAAAUAGUUCGAGAGAUCGUUCCCCACUGAGGUAUACUAGUGAGCGAACACAUCACAGCCAGCCAACACAAUCAAGAGAGCAUAUACCACCAAGACCAACAGGACCUAGCAAAAAAGGAAGAGCAUACAAACAGUAACAACCGAAGAUUAAAAUAUUAUUUUUAUAAAAUCAGAGCUUGUUGCAUAUCAAGACAAAAAGCUAGUUCUAUUGUGCCAUUUUUCCAUUCGAUAUGUGUACAGAGAUUCAGUAUUAAUGUAAAUAUUGAAAGAAUUUUUGUUUUGUUGUUUUCACUAAUCGGACAAACGUGAAAUUAGUAAGAUCAAACAUGUAUUUGUUUCUUGAUGAGGAGGGGGGUUUUAGUAUUCCCACCCACCCCCACUUGUAGUGUUUUAUCUAACCCUUGUACUAAAUUUACAAUCAAUUUGUAAUAAUGCUGUUUAACACCACACUAGUACAAUAAUUGUGGUAUAGAACAUUUAUCCCAGAUAUGUGUGAUGUCCGUCCAAUAUUAUUUUUUUUGUAAAAGACAGGGAAUUCAUACAUACUGUUCUACUUUGUAGUGCUUCAUGGAUAAAUUUUAAACUGUUUAAUUUUUGUUUUAGGAAUUUUAGAAAUUCUCUAAUUUCAUAGUUUGAAAUGAGGACAAAAUUUUCAUGAAGUUUUUAGGACCCAGUGAAUUGUUCAUUGCCAUGAAAUUUGAUUUUCAGACUCGUAAAAUUGAAGUACAUCAAUGUAGUUGACAGUAUACGAUUGCUGUAACCACUUAACAAAAAUUGAGGCCUUUUUUUGUACCUUCAGUGGGACAGGUUACCUGUACAAUCCAGAAGUUGUGGUUGUUUCUUACUGAACAAGAUCUGAAGUACUUGCUGUGCAGUAACUCGUUUGUAUAGUAUUAAUGUUGAGUGUUUUCUUUCCACUGAUUGUUCUCCAAUUUGUCUAUGCAGUUGGUGACAGCAGUGGUACAUAUUAAUCAGGAUAUUUUUAAAUAACAGUAGUAGCAUGAAGCAAGAUCACUUAAUUUGUUUGUAACUAGACUAGUAUCGAGGACUGUAUUUAUUUUGUUCAACAUGUGUGACAGCCACAAUGUCAGAAUCUCAUAACUUACAUUGGAAUUAUUUAAAUAGAAAAAACCUUCUGUAAUGGGUAUUUAUGUGUACUCUACUUCAUUCAGGGCAACCAGCUGUUUUUUUCUGAAAAUAAUCGCCCCAAGUCUACUACUGAGUCAGCAUUCCUUUUUCUAACAACUUCUAGACAUGUGAUUUAUUGUAUUUAAAUCAAUACAUAAACAAGUGUGUUGAAA